CCCUGUGCCGAACGUGUUGCGUGAGUCACUCCUCUUACUCAUACUCAUCUCGGCGUCAAUGACAACCAUGUUCCACCGUAUGUUUGGACGACGGAGGUCUCCUGUGGAAGGGGAACCCAACACAGACUCUGGCACGGAGGCCACAGAAGGACAGGCAGACAUUGUCAACAGCGAUGAUUUCGUCUUGAUAGGUGACACUGAAAGUCAGAAAACCACAAUGUAUGAUCCCCCUCCUGGCUAUACUGUCGGUGGGGCUAAUGCCUUUUUACCCUAUGGGCUAGACCCCUCUGCGAGACCAGAAGCUGGACAGAGACCAACAAGUGCCGAGGUUCAGACAGCAAUAGACGGCAUCCCUUUUAAACUGGGAUCCAACGUCCUGUUACAAGGAGACUUGGACAGCUACGACAUCAGCUCCAUUUCACAGAUGAUCCACAGAAUCAAUACCUUUAACUGGGAUGAAUAUGAAUACAGCUUCCAACUGGAAAAGAGUGUUUUGCAAGAGUUCAGCACAAGAGAAGAACCAGAUCCUGAGUAAAAUUUAGUGAUUUAUUUAUUUAUUUCUGUCUUUUCCUUUUUUGUUUCCUGUUUUUUCUUUUUUUAUUAUUUCCCUUUUGAAUAAUGUUAAUGCCAACAUUUUUCUUUUACUGUUAUUUUUUCUGAAUAUCACACAAGUCCUAGAAUGGAGUAUGCAUACGUAUAUGUAAAAAUAGUGGUAUCCAGUAUAGACUGAAAUAUGAUCAUAUAUUCCUCCAUUUGACCAGUAUCAUUUGCUGUACUUUAUUUUUAGAUUUCACAAAGCUGCAUUUCAAUACUCAUUAGAAUACGUAUCUCUUGACUGUUAGAAAAAAAAAUAAUUGGCAGAAAAAUCCGCUGCUAUUGUAUCUACAUCAAUGGAAAGUUUUGCCAUUUACAUUUUUCUCUUUAACUUUCUCAUAUUUUUUUUUCUUUCUUGUUCUUUCUUCUUCUUCCUCCUUUUUUUCUUUGUAAUCAUGAUCUUAAUUUGUUUUUCGUUUAUUAAUUUGUCUUUUGUUCUCUUGUCCUUCCUUUACUAAAUAGUAUGUCAUCUCUUCAAAAUAGAAUAAGGUCUUUGGAAUAGCUUGUUUUCCAAUUUCUUCAAAUGUUAUACAAUUAACCCAUUGCCGACAGGGAAAAUGAAUAAAAAAUGGGGAGAUGCUGUGCUCAGUUUUUAUAUUCUUUGUGAGAUGUCUCUACACAUAGAUGGCUCUGCCUUACCUGAUUUCACCUUUCCUUGAAUUGACAGGAAAAUGUACUUUUUACUAGUGCUCUGAAUAUCGAUGGCAUUUCUUUUAUUAUAAACAUUGAAUUAAUAUAAUGUUAUAAACAUUAGUAGUAGCAAAAUAAGAUAAAGUAAAAUAUUUUCGAAAAUUAAAGAAAAGAGUGAACAGGCAAGACAGGCAGUACUCGUAAUUGGUGGUUUAGUACAGGUGUAGCCAUCUAUGUGUAAAAACGAUCAAACAAGUAAACUCGCAGUGGGCAUGCCAUGUACGUACAUGCCAUGCCCAUCGGGAAAGGGUUAAUAUAAUUCAUAUGAAUAUUCUAUGUAGGCUGCAUAUAUUAAUAUUAAUAUACAAUUAAUAUGAUUUAUAUGAAUAUUCUAUGUAGACUGCAUAUAUUUAUAUUAAUAUACAAUUAAUAUGAUUUAUAUGAAUAUUCUAUGUAGACUGCAUAUAUUAAUAUUAAUAUCAAUAUUGUAUAUGAAUAUAUAUAUUUAUGGAAUGUGAGCAUUAUAUAUUGAUAUCAAUAUUUAUAUGAAUAUUAUAUAUUUGUGUUAAUAUCUACAGGAAUAUUAUAUAUCAAUAUCAAUAUUUUCAUCAAUAUUAUACCCUCAAUAUACUUAAUGACAACAAUUUUUUUUCUCCCUCUCACUCACUCUACAUCUAGACCAACACUUAGUAAUAUACCCUUCUCAGGCUUAUUAUAAAUAAAGACUUACAUUUUAUACCCUUUAUACAAUGGUCUCCACAUGAUUCUCCAUAAAGAGAAUUGCAGCUCUUACACAAUGAGUCUUCUCUGGUAGUUUCUAGAUAUUAGAAAGAGACGUGUAUAAGGUUUUAUAUAUGUAUAUAUAUGUAUUGUGUGUAUGUGUAUGGGUUUGUUUGUUUGUUUGUUUGUUUUCAUUUGUCAUAGAUUUUGACAUUUUAUGCAGUAACAGAUUUUUUAUUGUUGCCUUUUAACUUGUGUAAAUUGACAUAAUAAUUUUGAUAAAUAUUCUCAUCUCGUUGUGUGAUGCUUCAAGUAAGGUCAGCUUGCCUAUGAGUUCCCAGUACCCUGGCUUUAUCUAUUUUUGUCUCCUUAUAGUACUUAAUUUCCCAUGAUUUGUAAAUAACUAAUAUAUAAAGGGAACCAAAUAGAUUGCAAUGGUUCAUAUCAGAGUAGAAUAAAAUUGUGUUUAAAGGAAAAAUCAGUCUUGUAAACUAAAAGUUAACUCACUUUAGGUUAAUUGUGGUAUUCAUUCUAUGGUAAAGAAGCAAAGAGAGCUUGUCAUGGAAUGCGAACAUGAGCUGACAUCGAAUAUAAGCCAAUGGAUAGGUUGUUUAGAAUAGUAGAGAUUAAUAAUAACUUUUGUAAUGUUUUCUGUACAUAUACUAAUAAUAUGUUUCACUGAAACUCAUAUGUGUUGACAUGCAUUAUAUAGAUAGAGAACAAUGCAGAUUUCCACCUGCUCAAUUCAUUCUUUAGUCAGGUUAUUUACCAAGGCUUUAUGUAGGUACGUUUACAUAUAUAUUACUUAUGUUAAACUGUUGUACUGGCACUAAGCUGCAUUAUAGGAUCCUUUUUAAUAGGUCUUUCUUUUUCUUGUAAACAUUUAAAAAGGUCUAGGACCCAUUCAUUUCUUUUUUUUAGCACCCAUUCUAUUUUGGGGAAUGUUAACCCAAUGCCACCAGAAACAUAUAAUGUUCACUGUAGUUUUGUUUUGUGCAGUAUCGUAAUUAUAGAUUACUCCACAGAUACUUAGCCACCAAGGAGUCAGUGGGUAGAUAUUGUGACCUCUCCUUGUUUUUCUUUUCUUAGAAAUUUGAUUUGAUGCUGAUGAUAUUAUUAUAGAUAAUAAGUUUCAUAACAAGUAUUGACCCCCUUACUAAUAGCAGUACAAGCUAAAAGAAAAUAUUUCCAAAAAUCAAGGAAAACGUCAAACAGGUGAGAUACACUAGUAAUUGUCUCCUUGGACUCCUUUAUAACAAAGUACAUGUGGAGUCAUUUGUGUGUAAAGAAAUUAAUAAACUAAACUCACUGUUGGCAUGGCAUGUAUGUAAAUGCUGUCUCCAGCAUCACUGGGUUAAAAAGAAUGUAAAUUUAUACAUAUAUGUAUCAUGGGAUUACUCAGGUUCCUUUUGCUAUAUAAAUAAUUUUGUUAUUAGUAUUUGGGAUAAAAAUCUUGGAAAUGACUCAAAAUGGAUAGCCUCUCAAGGCAAUAUUGCAGUCUAUCAUCUGCUCUGGAAUAGUUGUCAAAUGAUUUCAGGUCAUUACAUUAGAACCCAGUUGUUGCUUGUGUGUCUAACUUAAGCCUAUGAUUAUAUUCCUCAUUUUAUAUGGGUGAAUCAGUUUUUAGUGCUGUAACUGUCUUUUGGGUCUACACAUUUCAAGCCUUUCUUUUAUUGUCUCAUAUUUUCAGAACAAUUAGGUUUCAGAAUCUAACUCUUAACAUCUGAAGAAAGCUAUUGUAGUGGACUUUUCUCACAGAAAAGGAACCAUAUAAUUUCCAUUUUUUUAUUAUCUCAAAGAAUAAAUGAUUUUAAGCCAACAUGCCCAUACUAAUUUUCUGUCGCAAAGAAAGCAAUUGUAACUUACACAACCCACUGGCAUUGAGAGGGCAAAUAUACUAUACACUGUGAUUUUAGUUAAUUGCUUCUGUUUACACUUGGGAAUUAAGAACUCAAUUGAUAGGUUACCUUACCUAACCUGAGAAUGCCAUUCUGUAAAUUUAUUUAUUAUAUAUAUAUUUUUUUUUUCUUCUUCUUUUUUCUUUUCUUUUCUUUUUUUUUCCCCUACUACAUUGAAUAGUGUUACUAUUACUUUUCUCAUUAUUGACAUUCUUUAAUGUUAUUAACAAUAUUAAUGCCAGUUAGAGAAAGAAUAUGAGUAUUUCCAAAAAUCAAGAAAAAGGGUAAACUAGUAAGAUAAGGUAGGAAUAGUAAAUAAUUCCCAGGUGGCUAAGCCCAUGUGGAGCCACCUACGUAAGAACAAAAUUCGUGAACUAAAAUCACAGUGGAUAUGGCACGGGUAUUUACCUUCCUGGCAUAGACUGGUUAAUUGAUAAUGCAAAAUAUAUUUUUUCAUUGCUCUUAUUAGCUCCCAAGGGCAAACACAAGGCCCUUGAACACUGAUUUUGAAGCAUAAGCAAAGUAUUUUAUGGCAUAUUUACAUCUUAAUGCCAAGUGCUACUGAAUAUCUUAACACUACAAGAUCAUGAUGUAGGAAUUCAUCUGUAUGAUUUUCACUUUUUACUGAUAUGCAAAGGUACAAAGAUAGAUGCAUUUUAUGGCUGGUAAAUUGCCAAUGUGGUUGUGCUGAAUAUAUUUUUGAAAUGUUAAAAAAGUACAUGUUAAAUAACUCUCUCUCUCUCUCUCUCUCUCUCUCUCUCUCUCUCUCUCUCUCUCUCUCUCUCUCUCUCUCUCUCUCUCUCUCUCUCUCUCUCUCUCACACUCACUCAGUCACACACACACACACACACACACACACACACACACACACACACACACACACACACACACACACACACACACACACACACACACACACACACACACACACACACUCACUCACACUCACUCACUCACACACUCACACUCACUCACUCACUCACUCGCUCACUCACUCACUCACUCACUCACUCACUCACUCUCACACACACACACUAACUCACUCACUCACUCUCACACACACACACACUCACUCUCACACACACACACACACACACACACUCACUCUCACACACACACACACACUCACUCUCACACACACACACACUCACUCUCACACUCAUUACAUUGAUUGGUCAAAAAGCAUGUGUAUAAUGGCUUUAAAUAUUUGAAAAGGGCAAAAAAGAGUAACAUUUAUUGCACGGAAUCUGUGAGGGUUCAUGAAAAUGUGAAAAGAAUAUAUGGAUGUAUCAUGUGUGUAAUUCUUUUGCAUCAGUUGUUUCACAGACAUGCACAUAAUUCGGGCUGUUAUCUUUGAAAGAAGACAAAUAGAGAUUAUAUUGUUAUAUUGAUAAUACAUUUUAUAUUAGUGUAUCAUUUCACAUGUAUCACCUUUGUAGUCACCUAAACACAUCUUCAUUUUUAGCAUCAUUACCAUUGUUCUUGCCAUUUAAAACGAAAAAGUUGCUCUUUACAUUGUACUGAGAAGAGCUAUGUAUGUUAUAAUGUUACAAAACUGGAUUUGUAAAAUAAAGAGUAUAUAUAUUAAAUUCA